AUGAGGGCCUUGAGGCUGAUGGGGGUGCUGCUCACCCUGGCCAGGCUGCUGCAGGUGGCCUUGGGCCUGAGCAUCGCAGCCUUCAACAUCCAGACUUUUGGGGUGACGAAGAUGUCCAAUGCCACCCUCUCCAACUACAUUGUGCAGAUUCUGAGCCACUACGACAUCGCCCUUGUCCAAGAGGUCAGAGACAGCCAGCUGAUAGCUGUGGGGAAGCUGCUGGACGAACUGAAUCAGGCUGCACCAAACACCUAUCACUAUGUGGUCAGUGAGCCACUGGGCCGCAACAGCUACAAGGAGCGCUACCUCUUUGUGUACAGGCCUGACCAGGUGUCCGUGCUGGACAGCUACUACUACGAUGACGGCUGUGAGCCCUGUGGGAAUGACACCUUCAGCCGAGAACCGGCCGUGGUCAAGUUCUCCUCCCCGUUCACGCAGGUCAGCGAGUUUGCCAUAGUGCCCCUGCAUGCGGCCCCCUCUGACGCGGUGGCUGAGAUCGAUGCUCUCUAUGAUGUCUACCUGGACGUCCAGCAGAAGUGGGACAUGGAGGACGUCAUACUGAUGGGUGACUUCAAUGCUGGCUGCAGUUACGUGACCUCCUCCCAGUGGUCCUCCAUCCGCCUGCGCACCAACCCCGCCUUCCAGUGGCUGAUUCCCGACACCGCUGACACCACAGUUUCGUCCACACACUGUGCCUAUGACAGGAUUGUCGUUGCUGGAGCUCUGCUGCAAGGUGCUGUUGUCACUGACUCGGCCACUCCCUUCAACUUCCAGGCUGCGUAUGGACUGAGUGACCAAAUGGCCCGAGCCAUCAGUGACCACUACCCGGUGGAGGUGAUGCUGCAGAGGGCCUGA